UUUGCCACGCCCCCUCCGCGACGAAGCCCGGCUCCCGGAGGGUGGCUCAGCGGGCGCCCAGCGAGCUCACAGACAAAGCCCAGCGCAGGGACGGUUGGCCGGAGAGACCGAGUCCAGCGCCCCAGACUGAAAGUGAAAAACAGAAUCCUGUCCCUUGCCUGGUAGUUCAAAGGGCUUCAGACAGCUUGCCCAGGAUCUGUGGGUGUGAAGAUGGAUGAUAGAUCAGCUGCUGGCGGAGACUCAGCUCCUCAGUCAAAUGGUAUAACCACUACCAAAGAAGGGGCACCAGUUGCCCGCCCGCCUGCAGCAAAACAGAAACUGAGCAAGAACUCACAUCAAGCAGCCCAGCUUCCUAGCAGGAAACAGCCAGUCCCUCCUGCCUCUCGCUCUCCUACGGUUCCUUCUGGUGCUCCCAAAACUCUCAACAAUGGGACAGUGAAGAAGGCUGGUGUAUUGCAUGCCAAGCAGCCGUUACUUAAGAACAAUGCUGCUACCAACUCAUCCACUAGAACAACAGCAAAAAAAAUGGCAGGAGACAAACCUGGUGGGGUGAAGCCUCUGGAAAAAAUGGGUCCAGACAAAGAGGCACAGCAAAAACCCACAAAGGCAGCAACAGUGGCAGCAGCUUCAGCCCCAAAGACCACUUCCACAAAGCCCAAGAGAUCUGAACAGACUAAGCCCUCCAGGACUUGGUUGCCAGGGGCUAAGAACACAACUUCAGCAUCCUUAAACAGGCCACCAGCCAAUGACAAAAGUGUGGGCAGACCUAAGCAGACAGCACCACCUGCUGGUCAGCAGCAGCAAAGUACUCUGUCCACACAAAGAGAUGCCUCCAGAACUGCCACCCCUCUGAAUGCCAGACCAUCAGCUUCCAACCCCACCGCAAAGGUGUCUUCUGCCCCAAAGAACCCCAAAGUCCUAAAUGCCAAAUCACAGUCUGAGCAAAACCUUGGACAGAGGAAUGCCACUGUGAAUACCAAGCUCACCACAAAGAAGUUUCCAGAGCCUGCUAAGACCAGAACUCCUGCCAGUGCAGCGUUUGCAAGUGCCCGCCCAGCCAAACCACAAAAAACCACUAAGGUCCCACCUCCAGGAGGCAGCCCAGGCAAGAAGCCUCUGAAGAAGGAAGUUCCUCCUAGACAAGAGCAGGCUUCUAUGGAAAGCAAGAUUCAGAAAGCAACUGCCAAGGAAAAGGAGGCCAUGAUAACCACUGGAGACACAGAAAGUGUUACCAUGGCAGAUAUGGGGGCUCUGCAAAAAUUGGACCCUGUGAUGGUGAUGGAGACGGCUGGCCAACCCAUCUCUCAAGAAGGAAUGUCUGCAAGCUGCAGUGUAGGAGUCUCAGGGACUGAGCAGUUGGAGCUACAGGGCUUGGAAGAGGAUGAUGGGGCCAACGUGUUAAUUGCAGAGGGGCUGCCUCCAGCAGUGCUGGAAGCCUCUCUGGCCCCUCUUGGUCCACAAAUUGUGCAGGUUUUCUCUCCCAGCGAGAUGCCUCAUUUGGCCGCUCCUGAGGCCCUGUCACUCCCCGGUGGUUACAAUGAACUGCUGCUCUGCAAGACAGCUCUUCCUUGCGAAACAUCUACUCCCGUCCAUUUGGAGUCUGCCUGGAACCCCCUUCCUCUUCCUCCAACACAGUCCUUACAGCCUGCUGAAGAAGCCACAUCUUCUGAGGACUUGGAAGAGCAAGCAUCUCCACACCUUGAAGUUGCAGGGGCCCUUGGGCAGCUGCACUCAUUGCCUGAUGUUGAAAAUACCCAUGAAGACUUGAAUCCUCUCUUGACUUCCUCCCAGGGGUCCCCAGUUUUGGCUGAAGGCCAAAGUCACAAAGAGGGACUUCCUUCUCCUGGAUCCUUGGAUUUUGAGGUCAAGCCACUUGAAGAGCCCCAUGCAGUUAUGCACUUGGUACCAAUAGCAGCAGAGUGGGAGUCACCUGCCCUUGACGUGGAUGCUGCCUCUGCCAGGGAGGCAGAUCCUCCUGCUUUGGCAACCCUUGCAGGGCUUGUGGCAACAAAGUAUGAUAGUGAGCCUGGCACUGAGGAGGAAGACCAAGUCCCAAGGCUCUCUCAAAGCCUUGAAGAAGAGUUGCAGCAGCAGCAGCAGCAGCAGCAGCAGCACAUUGCCCCUCUAGAGACAGAGAGUGCCAGAUGGAGGAACUCCCUGGAACCUGCAGCUGAAGAUGGUGAGGUGGCUGAGGAGGAUGACUUUCCUCUGAGAAUGGAAGGGCUGUCUGCAUCUACCAACAGUGGUACAGACGGAGCUCCAGCAGAGGGGCUGCAUGUGGCAGAAUGCUUGGCUGUCUGUGAAGCUGUUUGGGACCAGCCUCUUCUUUUUUCCCCGGCAGCAGCAGCUCCACUCCAUACUGAACUGCCAGGAGAUCUGCCAGCAGAUGAUCUGCCAGUGUGUAAUCUGCCAGCGGAUGAAAUCUUUGGUGACCAGUCUAGUGGGUUGGCUGAACAUCCUGGCGUUGAAGACCUCAGGAAUGAUGAUGACAAUGAUGACACAAUAGCUCCAGAAGUAUGUGUGCAGCAAGAGGAGGAUCCUCUGGACAUUAUGCUCCCACUGUUAGAUGAGACAUUGCCAAGUGGUGGAGGUCACAGCGACGGUGAUGCUGAUGGUGUCACCACUGCUGCUCCAGGAUCAAUGCAUAAACCCCAGAGCCUGCCCGUGAAGAGCCUGGAGUUACUGCAAGAGCCUCCAACUCAGUUGCCUGGUGGUCCAGAGCUGCCACUAAGCAGGACAGGUAUAAAGGGCCAUUCCCCAGAGCGAGGAGGCUCAUCUUCCAAAUCCAGUACUCUGAGUGGCCCUGAUCUGGCAGGAAAGAGCAGCAGUGAGACGAGCACACCGGAGGAGCUGCGGGAGUACGAUAGCAGCUCAGGAGUGGAGUCCAAGUCAGAUGAAAGACUGGAGCAGACCUGCCACCAGCUCUUGAGCCCCCUGGAGGACCUUCCUGGUGAGCUGGACCUGGGCAUCCAUAUGGAAAAGGGGGAUGAUGAGGCAGAGACCCUGCCAGCAGAUGAAGUCCUUGGUGACCCACCAACAGAGCCCACGGUAUCCUCAGGAGAAGAGGAAGGGGUGGAGGAAGGGGAGCUGGAUGUGGACCUGCUGAAGGAGGUAGGCUUUACCAAAACGGUGUGCCUGUCGGCCUCCCUUCCCCCAGGCAAGCAGCCCCCCUUGCCUCAUUCAGUGGAGGAGUCAGAUGAGCCUGGUUCGGGUGAUGCCGGCACAGAAACCCCAGCUUCCACCAACUCAGCAGCCUCUUGUGAUGUCUUUGGUGCCUUCCACCUCCAAUCCACUGACAGCUGCGGGAAGAGCCCUGGCCUCUCCUCCCUUGAAAGCGAGGAGCAUUCCACCGAGGGCUUGAAGGACCAGCUCCCCAAAGAGACCAACGGCCAGACUUCUGUGGGUUGGGAGCAUCCCUCCCCACAAGUCCCCCCAGCUGCUCCCCAAAAGAUGGGAGGGCAGCAGCAGGAGGAGGAGGUGGAGCCUUAUACUGUCAGUCAAAGCCUGGCUGCUGCAGGUAAUGUAUAGAGAAACCUGCCUUGUCUGUGUUGAAAGUGCCAACCUGUGCUGUCUCUUUCUCUCUUCCUAUUUUUCUCGGUCAGUGUGCAAUAGUACCCUGUAGGGAAGGGAGAUGCAAGGGGUUGGGAGCUUCCUUCUCCAUGUGUAUCUGUUCCAUCUGUGUUUCUAGACAAGCAGGCAUACUCUUUUUUUUUUGUCUGUGUGUGCGUGUGUGUGCGUGUGAUCUUUUCCCCUCUACCACCCUCUUACAGACUUCCUCAGGGGAAGCUGUGUGUAUUUUAGUGUGUUUCUGAAGAAAGGAAAACUUCUUAGCCUUUUGACAUGUUAAAUAAAGCAUCACUUUGUCUAUCUGAUCUUGCCUGUCUUGUUUUUCCAGGAGACCCGUCCCCUGCUGCUUUUGGUUUGAGCUUCAAAAAGGGUGCCAGAGGGGGAGGGGUCUAAUUGAGUAUGGCUCAACAGGGACUACCAACAUACUUUUCAAGUGUUCAGGCAGUAGGGGUGGAACAGUUUCCUGUAAGGGGGGAAGCACUGCCUCUGUCUGUUGUUGCUCAGUGGCUUAGAUCAGAUGUAACAAGAAAACAUGGACCAGGCUUGGAGGAUGGAGGGGGGGAUAUGGAUGAUUAUCUGAACUGGACCAGCAUGACUGAUAUUUUGGCAGAAGUAAAACAUAUGGGAAUGUUUGCAGACUUGUAUUGCAUGUAAAAGAUAGUCAGGCAACAGAGGUGGUGCCCUCCAGAUAUUUGCUCCUUGACUGCAUCAGUCCUAGCCAGCAUAGCCACUAGUAAAGGGUGAUGUGACUUCCUGGAGGGCUCUCAAGUUGCCCAACCUCACAGAUGAUUUUAAUAUGUUAGAUGUGUCCAUAUGCUUGUUUCUCGAGUCCAGACUUGAGG